UGGUCUGAAAUUAACCUUGGGAUUUGUGCUCUUUGGCUGUACUGAGGUGUAUCGUCUGCUUUGUGUUAUGGUUCCUAUUCUGUUGUCCUUACGGACGUCACGUAUUUGAUUCCUGGCAAAUGUCAAGUGUGGUCUGAUUAGGGCUUUCACAAGUCUUUUUAAAUGGAGCUUUCUAGCAACCCUUUUGCUGAGUUACUGUCAAGACAGGAGACGUACAUCCAUUCAAAGCAGCUUUCCGAGAAUGAAAGUGUUUUAGUGGAUUUGACAAAAUUGUUGGAGAAUAUUUUUCUAAUAACCUAUGACCGAAGUGAAUAUCUGUUACUACUAAUCAUUGCUCUCCUUACAGGUCUUUCACUUGGACUGGAUGCGAGGCCGAAAUACAUGUUAUUUAUGUCACCUCCGUCUGAUAAUCAAGUCCACCUCUCGAUUGACAAUUUAGAGCAACUGCUUUUUGAUCGAGCGCAAUUACAGGUAGUUGCAAACGACGAUUUGAUUUCCACCAAUCCUGAGGAGCGUGGCGACUACCAAAGCGCAGUUGUUCUUGGACCUGUCCGCUAUCUCCUGUCAGCCUAUUUUAGAGGAUGUACCAUGAAACGGAAAACCAACCACCUAUCGGUGGUUGAUAACUGCUUGGAGGCCAUUGUCCAUCAACUUCUCCUGUUUCUAGUGAUUGAUUCGGAGCUAGACGGCACUGAACAUGGAGAUAUGUUAUACAAAAUGUUGUAUGACGCAAUAUCUGAAGACGAUGCGGACUACGUCAGCUCCAUGGAAUUGUUAUUUACAAAAGUUAUGACACAAUUUGAACAAGAUGCCCUCAGCGGAGUGGAUCCAUCAUGCGCAUGUCCGGCUCACAAACUGAAGGCCAUACGCCCCUUGAUCACCGGUCUCGCAGAGGGACUCCGUAGCCUUCAUUUAGCCCUCGACCCAUCGACUUUUCCAAACCCCGUGCACCCUGAGCAGCUCGUCAAACCAAAGGAGCGGCUAUUGUUUUGUCCCAAACGCAAGCCCUUUAUGAAACUGGCUCUUUGGUACUCGCGUUUUGCAGUAACCACUCAGAUGCUCUUGGAAGCUUCAUUUCCGGAAAUUUCUGCAUCGAGGCCACAUCGCGGAUUCGAGUUUGAGGCAGGUGUCCUUGGUCGUCUUCUUGUUCCCAGCCAUCUGCAGAUGCCCCAAUCGCCUGAGACCACAUUUCUCACCCAGCGUUCACACCAAAAUGUCCUCGGCGAAUUUUUCACCGAAGAAGUCCCUCUCAGACCAGUAAUUGAGGCGGAUCAACGAACUAUUUGGCAGCUCACCGAACAGCUGGAUGCGGAACUGCACGAGUUGCUAGUGAACAUGCUAAGGGUCGGCAAACAGCGACCGUACAUGAAAACGCUGCUCUUUAGCUGGCUCGGAUCCUGCAUCUCAGCUAACAAAGCCCGAGGACAGCUUGCCCAUGCGACAGGACUUCUGUCUGACUCGGAUACCAAAGGGCUUGCAAGUGAAGGCUUUCUCAGUAAUCUGGCGGCCGUCCUCGUUCGUCUCACAGGUCCUUUGGUGUAUCCGCCCUCUGGCGGCCCUCCGCUAGGGAAGAUUUGGCCUGUUUUCGCCACAGACUCCAAUCAGCCCAUUCUUCCAACCCUUCAUGAGGACACUCGUUUGGCUUCCUCUAUGUCACCCGCAUGUCAACCUGGCGGUGUUGACGUUUGCAUAGAAAAGCCAAGCGAAUAUCCACUUCUCACUGAGCUUUUCUUUCUGGCUCAUUCCGCCAUACGUGUGGGUUGGAAUCCUUUGGUGGCUAGGCAUUUUGAGACGGCCCAACAGUUGCAUCAACUUGAAGCCCAAUGGGAGGCGUACAAUGCCUCCUCCAUGUCCGUUGACUCUGAUCCGCGGGCAUUGUUUAUACGACGACUUAUCCGCGAACGCACUUCUCGCUAUCUGGAACAGUCGACCAGCCUUUCGUGUCAGACUCGAUUACGCGACCAUCUUGCGUUUGCAGUGACAACUAGUCAGCUGCUUAUUAGUUUGGCUCGCACUGCUUUUGUUGGUUCUGGCGUUCCACGCACGUCCCCCACUUUUGGUGAAUUGUCCGAUCUACCAGAGUUCUUGGUUGACAACGUUGUGGAGUUGAUCAGCUAUCUCCGGAGGGCGAAGGACGAUUUUCUUGAGUCAUCGGAUGUGGCGGAGAUUCCACUGGAGCCAUUGGUGGAAUUCAGUGUGCUGUUUAUGCAGCACACUCGCGCACUGGCCAAUCCCCACUUGCGCGCUCGACUCGCCGAGGUCUUGGAAUCCUUGAUUCCAAUUCGGGACGAUGAGGAGUGGAACGCUCAGCGUGCCAACGGAAGUGGCAGUGCAGGGAGGCCGGGCAUGCCGUUCAUGAGGCGUCAACAAUUGAUGGCCCCCGAGUCGGACCGAAUCCAUUCGGGUGCUCUCAAUUUCGCCGUUUCCGCCCUGCUCACCGCAUUUGUCUCCAUCGAACUUUCUCCGGGUACUGGGGCAAUUGGGAGCGCUGGAACCGCUGCAGAUUAUCUAGUCGCGGCCGCUUCCUCUUCUUCACAAGACAAUAGGACUAACGAAAGGAACCUUACUCAGAGUGAAUCAUCGUCAUCUGGUGCGACAGUCGAUCCUCAAACGGCCACUGUUGGUUUUGAGGAGAAGUUUCAUUAUCGUCGACCAAUGUACGCUUGUCUCCGAUAUUGGCAUGGGAAUGCUUUUUACGAUUCGCAGUUUCGGUCCCUGGAAUCCGAGGCGCUUGCCCACAUCGAUGAUGCCACUCCGCCAUUGUUUCUACAGUUUCUCUCCCUACUCGUGAAUGACGCCAUUUUCCUUCUGGAUGAGGCAAUCAUCUUGUUGGCUCAGUUGAAACAGAAGGAGCGAGAAAGAGAAGCUGCUGGUGGACGGUUACCAUCACAAGAAGAAGAAGGUCUGUUCAUACACACCGGUCGAUUGGCUCGUCAUCACAUAAUUCUUGGAUUGAACACCAUCUCUGCUUUGCGUCGCGUUGUCUCCAUUUGCCGGCGGCUGGUCACGCACCCGAUCAUGGUGGAUCGCGUUGCAUGCAUGCUGAACUACUUCCUCACUCGUCUGGUUGGACCAAAACAGCGCGAUCUCACUGUUCGAGACAAAGCAGCUUAUGGCUUUCGACCAGAUUUGCUGGUGAUUGAAAUCUGUCAGAUUUACUGCUGUCUUUCCAUGAAUUUAACCAACAACACCGAUGAUCUCAUGUCUUCCGACUCAGCGCAAGCUUUCCGCCGCGCUGUGGUCACUGAUGAACGGUCUUUCACCCCCGAUCUUCUUGAUCAAGCCAACUCCGUGCUGUUGCGUGUUGCCGCACCAGCCGAACUCCUCGACUUGUUUGCCAAAGCAGUAACCCUUAUUAAGGAUGAAAACGUCGCUAAAGAGGACGAUGACUUGGACUUGGAUGGUGCUCCAGAUGAAUUCGUGGAUCCAAUCAUGGGUUGCAUUAUGGAAGAUCCGGUCCGAUUACCCACCUCUGGUCACAUAGUGGAUCGGAAAACUAUCUAUCGGCAUCUUCUUAAUGCCUCAACGGAUCCUUUCAACCGACAGCCACUUGCAAUGUCACAAGUCGAACCCCAGGAGGAACUCAGGGCUUCCAUUCGCUCGUGGAUCGCCGAUCGCCGGGCGAAGCGUCAAACGUCGUCAUAACUGGUUCUUAACCUAUGGCUACGACUUAUUGAGAAUAAAAGUGUGUGUAUGGCCAGUUGUUCUGAUUAUAUUUUUCUCUC